AAACAGAGCUGUUUGAGGAAGAAAACGACACGCAAGUAAGCCCAACAAUGCUGUGGUACGUGAAAUAUUUAAUUAAUGCGGUGUCACAAGGCUAAAAAUGCCGCUAGUUAAACAACAACGCAGCGGAAUUGAUGUCGCGGUCGCAAAUUCAGUGGCGUUGCGAGUUCGACAACUCCGAGAAAUUCAACGAUGCCGCAAGGCCAAAACAACAUCGUGGAGCUCAACGAUGUAGUGAGCUUGACGGUGUUGCAAGCUGCGCAAUGUCGUGAAUGGGUUCAACGACGUCAUUAUGGAAACUUUGUUGGUGGAGGCGUAAACGACGUCGCGGGCUCAUGAAAAUAACGGAGUUAUUUUCUUGCACGGGAGAUUCGGGAGUGAAGAGAAGAUCAAAGCGGUUGAAGACUACGACUCUGUGGAUAAUAGUGAAGACACGUGGGAGUUCACGACGGAGCGGUUGAGGAAGCAGUUCCACAAGGCGUGAAGACUACGCAAGUGAUUUCAAAUAAAAGCAGCGGAGCAAGGAGAGAGAGGAGGACAACCAAAUCAAUACAGAAACACAUCUGUCAACUUUACCUUUUUUCUCUGUAACUCCUUCGCGGAGCUCUCCUUCCAGGAACGAUCUCCAUAGUUGUAGUCUUAGUCGUAGUCGCGGAGCUCUCCACAGGAAUCUCCAUAGGAGUAGCGGUAGCGUAGAUUCCUCAAAACUCAAACACCCUCGUUCGAACGUAGUUUGGAGAGGUGCGAACCGUAGUAACGGUCGUUCUUGGUUAGAAGUCAGAGGUGCAUCGAUCAAAUCAACACCGCCCGGCGGUGGAUAUUUGACGGUCACGUUGAUUUCACCAUUUAGAGGUGCAUCGAUCAAAUCAACGGCGCCGACAUUCGGCGGCGGAUAUUUGACGGUCGUCUCGAUUUCAGCAAUCAGCAGAGCAUUCGAUCAAACGGCACCGCAAGAGUUUCCACCUCGAAACAUCAAAUCAACAUCACCGGAAACGAAUUCGGCACCGGCAGUGGCAUUUGGUUUUCCCGAGGAAACAAUUUGACACGCCCGGUGGGAUACGUGUGUUUGAAGUGAAAUAUGGCUCUGCAGCAUGGAAAACACAACGUUGAUCUUCCACAAGAAUCUGUGAAGGUGGAGAGAGUGCCCGGCAUUGAAGUUGGUCGAGCAGAGGAGGCAGAUAGACGUAUCGGUUGGAUGAAGGAGUGGCCUCAAUCCAUGUCGAGCAUCGAUGGGCAUGUUGCACUCCUGUAUCUUCGUCGAUCUGUAGAGGAGUAUUACCGGCAGGUAAAUCUCUAUUUUAUCUCUUUAAAUAAGCCUUGUGAUUCUCUUGGGAGACAUGGAUAAAUUUUUUGAGAUGAUAGAUGAACAUGUUUCCGGUAUCGCCAAUAAGGAUUCACUUAAACUUGUGGCUAAAACAGUGGCGUUAGGGGCCAGCAAAUCUCAUGUUGGUUCUCCUGUGAACACUAUUGUUUUAAAGGACAAGAAAGUUAGAGGUGUCUUGCGAAAGCCACAACAAAGAACAAAAUUUAAACGUAUUUAUAAUAAGUUUCAGAAACUUAGGAAGAACAAGUGUGAUAUCUUGAAAGAUGACAAAUUUUACAACAUUGUUCAAUCUAAGCCGCUAGGGGGGCAUGCCAUCCCAGCUCGUGGUAGAUUGAAGGAGAAACAACACCGUAAGUGUCAAAUAAGUUUGCCACAUCCACCUUGUUCUAAGAAAAAUCAAGCUAGGGUCACCACAUACACCAUUCAAGAUGGAGGUGGUGACCACGUAAAUAAAACCAAUCCUGCAAGGGUUGGUAUGAAUCAACAGAAUCCUCCAUGUAAGUUGUCCCCAAAGACUCCACCUAGUGAAAAGGGGGGGCAAGUUCAAGCAAGCCCGACAUGGAGUUGCCACACCAGUGCUUAUGAGGAACAAGUCUGCCAUGAGUGGCAGAUUGGGGGGCAAGUACCAUGGCCAACAAACUCCAGUCUCACGUAAGAGUUCAAAAGAUGCGAAGUUGUUGUGUGAUAAGUGCAAAGAUCAUGGCCGUGGUAAACAAAAUACCAACACACGUGUUGAUGGAGCUCGUAAGUAUCGGCGCUGAAACUCCCAACAACAUUGUGAGAGUGUACAACUGACAAAACCAGACCAGUCUGAGCAGGCAAUGCGGCAUGGUCAACUUGGCAAGACGAAGAUUCCAAAAAAUGUGAAUGUCUUGUCGAGAGCAAGGAACACUAGUGAUUUUUCAUGCCAUCGACCAAAAGUGAUGGCUGAGGUGAAGCCAAAUCGAGCUUGUUAGGAAGGAGCCACAACGUGGUUGUUAAUGGUUCAAGAUGGCAAGCGGUAUUGUUUUCUCUUUUCUCAACGGUGUUGGAGGGACACAAUGCUGUAAAAAAAAGGGAGAGAGAGAUCGCCAAAGCAAUACCGGUCAAGGAAAAAAUCGGAGCUGUUUUGGGAGAAAUGGCUUUGCUAUAGUGGGAAGUCUAUUACCGCUAAGCUAUAACCUUGAUUUUAAAAAAAGUAUAUACAAAAAAAACAAAUUCAACUCUGGCCCAAGCAGCAUCGCAGGGAUGCAAGGUUGUUGUAAUUUGGUUUUAAUUUGGCGACAAUAGUGGUGCAGACUAAACAACGAUGCAAACCAUAGUUAAAUCCAACAAGGUCACUCCACCUUCUUUGCCGCAAGUUUGCUUGGCAACAAUGUUGGGGUUUUUUUUUAAUAGACAAAAACAGCGCUGUUUUGGUGUUUGAAAGAUUGGAAGACAAAAACAGCGCUGCAGCUUCGUGUGUUUACACGAUUGGGUGAGACCAUGCUGCUUAGUAGUUUUAACGAUGUGGUUAAAAGAAAAAAGGUUCAAAAUGCACUGCUUUCGGGCAAAGCCGAGCUGCAAAGCUGUGCAGCGGUGUUGUUUUUCUUUUCUCGCCACGGUGUCGUUUGGGAUCGCAAGAAAAAAAAAAUCGGAGCAGUUUGGGAGAAAUAACUUUGCAGAGGUUGAUAAAAAAUAUACAGAUUAAAUUUCCUCUGAAGCCGCGCUCGACGAGAGAGAAAGAGAAAUCAGAGCUGGCUUAUGGGUAACAAAACAACUCUGUUUGGGAGCUGCAGCCUGCAGUACUGGCUACCCAAAUUUGUUGAAAAAUAUAAUAACAAUAAUAAUAAAAGGCGGCAGAUUGGUUAAGUAAGGAAGUAACGUUGAAAAGAGUAAGACACAUAAGCUUUGGGCCAAAGCAGCACUUUUGGAAGAAAAAACAAAGCUGUUGUUUAAAAAAAGAAAAUAUUGGCAAUGAG